GUAUUCUCAAGCAUAAUGAGGGAAAGGUGGUGUUUCGCAGUGGAUCGGAUCGUUUUGGUUGCGCUAGUAGCGGGAUGUUUGCUGGUAGCGGUCGCUGCACAGGCGGACUACAUCCAACAAGAGCAAUGUAUUACCGCCAGCAGCAGGGCAGGCUACUGUAUGACGAAGGCAGAAUGUCCCGAUCAGGAGCAAGUGGAUCUACGGGCGGCAACUUGCAGCGAUGCUACGCAUUACUGUUGUCCGGACCGGAGCGAGCAGCUGCCGUCGAGGAACAGACCGAAGCUGCUCACCCAGUGCGAUAGUAACAGAGGGUACUGCGUAAAAGGUGACGCGUGCAGCGUGCGUACCUCUCGCCUGCGUUCGAACAGAUGUCCUGCGUACGAGGAGGUUUGCUGUCCGAAAAGUGCCUUUCCGGAGGAGUUUCACGCGACGCAGGUAGCGAAACACGACCUAUCGAUGGGUGCGACUACCAGUACUACUUCUACUACGACUACUACUACGACUACAACAACAACAACUACUACUACUACUCCAAAUCCUGUUGGCGAAUCAGAUCAAAUCUUGGAGAUACAAGCAAGCACUACACCCGUGUCGGCUACUACUGCAAAUUCAUUGGGAACAUCACUCGAUGCAAAGAGCAGUGAAGGCACUGGAGCCUCCGAACCUACCAAACUCCCGAUUCCCCUUCGUCCGAUCACUCCCGAUCAACAGACGGUGGAGUCUACCGAUGUGAACAAUGCCGCCGACCCACCGCAAACUCCUGCCCUAAUGGCUCAAUUCACCCCGGAAAGCUUCUCCUACCAGGAAUGCGGCCAGCUCAAUCUGAACGGUGUCGUGGAACGUAUGAUCAAUGAAGAUUUUCGUGCAGAAUAUGGCGAGUUCCCGUGGAUGGUGGCACUGUUCCAGCUGCCGGAGCAGCGCUACUGCUGCAAUGGGGCACUGAUCGACCCGAAAGCCAUCCUAACAACGGCACACUGUGUGACGAACUGUGGUGGCCGUGCGGCCAACAUUAUGGUACGGUUCGGUGAGUGGAACAUGAGCUCGACGCAUGAAAUGGCAAUUCCACGUGAGGAUAUUGGAGUGAAAAGCGUUCACCAACAUCCCCGGUACAGCCCUUCUGCCCUUCUUAACAACAUUGCCGUGCUGGAGCUAGCCCAUCCGGUGCAAUAUCAAGCGACGAUACAACCAGUGUGUCUGCCGUCGGCCAACCAACCGCUUCGGCCGAUGGAGAACAUGAUCGCCACAGGCUGGGGCAGAGUGAUGGAAGAGAACGCACCACCGACGCAGAUAUUGAAACGGCUCGAUCUACAGCGCAUGGAACCGAGCAUUUGUCGGGAGGCGCUGAGACGGGUGCGACGACCGUAUCCCUUGAUACUGGACAGCAGCUUCGUAUGCAGCACCACCAAUCAUGGCGAUCAGGAAAGACCUUGUGAUGGAGAUGCCGGUGCUCCGGUUGUGGUGGAACUACCCGGCACGACCAAUCGGUACUACUUGCACGGGUUGGUAUCGUGGGGAUAUGGUUGCCAUCAGAAGCAGAUACCUUAUACUGUGCUGACAAAGGUGGUCCAUUUCCGGGAGUGGAUCGAUCGUAUCGUUUUAGGAUUUAAAAAGAAGGUCAAAAAGGGACACUCCAAACAGCGUGAGUAGUGUCAUCCUCGUGUUGGUACAACAUUCUUUCCAAGUUAGUUGCGCUCAACUUCAAUAAAAACGUACAACAUUUUCCAAAAACAUC